UCGCGUGAUCUGCGGCAAAAAUGGCGUCGAAAAGCGAGGCUGCGGAUGAGCUCCAGACGCAGCGGAAGCUGGGAACGUUGCAAGACAAGCUUGAGUCGUUCAUAGAGAAUCUUCGGAGUGUGGGAGUGAUAGCAGGGGACUUUCAACACAACGGACAAAUUGUUCUCAACGAUAGACUGAAUCGAGUGGUUGAAGACAUGAGGAAUCUGGACCGAAUGAAAGAGGAAUAUGCUGGAGUACAAAUACCUCUUUCAGUUCUCAAGUAGGCGCAAUACUCAACAGAGAUUGAGAUGUUUCAUCCUAAAUGCAGCUACAUAGACACAGGACGGAAUCCUGAGCUCUUUACCAGACACCAGUUGGAGCAGACACUCUCAGACUACGAGGCUGUCCAGCGAAAAGUUCAAGCAUACAAGCAGGAGUUUCGUGCUGAACUGAUUCAACAGUUACAGAAGCCUUUUGAAGCAGAGAUAGCAGCCUACUUGGCUAGCUGUCCGGAGGAAAAGUGAUUGACUUUCGGCUGCUGAUUUGCAUAGGUUCAGGACCAAGAAUUAGGUGAACCUGACUUUUAUCGUGGACUUUUGACGACAGCAGGAGUGCAAACAUUUUUCAGUGUUUGUGUGUAUAAUGUCUCCAGUGUUCGAUUAACUUCCAGCACAUACUUCUGCGCAUGCGUACCACGUGUUGAGAAGUAAUACAGUGCAAGUGGGGGUGGUGAGAGUGACUGCGUUCUUUUGAACGCUGCAUGUCUGGAAAGGGGUCGCGUAUUCAACAGGUCUACGACCGCGAGGGUCGCAACACGAGCAGCAACGAGCCGAAGAUGAUGAACGCACGCGUUUUCAUCGGCAACCUCGCCUCGGACAAGUUGUCCCGGCAAGACAUAAUGAAACUGUUCGAGCCGCACGGAAAGGUGCUGGGCGUCUCCCUCCACAAGAGCUACGGCUUCGUCCAGUUCGAUAACGAAAAGGAUGCAAAGGCGGCCGUGAAAGCCACCAACGGAAUCAACCUGGAGGGACUCCGAAUAGAUGUCAACAUAGCCACCGAGCGUCGUAAGGAGAUGGGGUCAGAGCGUCCUUCUCCACGUGGGGGAAGAGGUGGCGGCCCCAGAGGCCGCAGAUCCCCCUCCCCGCCUUUCAGGCCGCCUCGCCACAACCGUUACGACGUGGACCACCCACCCCCCCUGUGGUGGGAGCGGGACAGAAUGGGUUGGCGUGGCUCCCCACCCCCCAUGGGUGGGAAUCCAUACCACCACCACGACCGAGAACGAGAUUUUGACCCGUUUCCUCCACUGCCGCACGUGCGGGGCGAGCCCUAUGGCCGACCACGCGAUGAUCCAUAUGAGCGUUACCCACCGCCACGUGAUCGAGAGCGUUUCGGCCACUCACGUGAUUUCUAUGGUUCCCCGCGAGACAGCUACCCCCCACCACCUCCCCCCCACGACCGCUACUCUUACGAUUACCCUCCCCCACGUGGUGGAGUGAGGGGGUCCCCUCCGCCGACGAGCUAUGAUCGCGGGGGUCCCCCCGAGAGGGACCGUUUUUCUGGCAACGAUGAAUGGGAGAGAGAGAAGAGGGCUGUGGUGUCUGCAGCUCCAGCAAAGGCAGAAGGUGGAGGAGGGGAGGGCAGGAGCGUAGACAUGGAAAUAAUUGUGAUCAAUAGACAGCAGAGGGACUAUGCGUCGCUGGUGGCCGGACAUGUCAGGGAACUGGGUCUGAUUGUGCAGAUCCAGCAGCUGAGUCCCACCGUGUCACUGGCCGAUGCCCUCGACUCUGCGGCCCAGGAAGGUCUCCUGUAUGCCGUCAUCAUCACCAGUCAGCACGAAAUGCAUCGCUCGGUCACUCUCACCAUCCUCCACGGGCGAAACCCUCAGGAGCACAAGAACAUGCCACUGGAAGACGCCCUAAGUCUCGUCUCAAAGGAUUUCGACCACUUCAUGCUGAGCGGUCGUCGCGCUGGGGGUCUGCGGAGGUUGGCCCCGCCCCCAGCGGCUCCCGACGUGUCCCACCUCCUGGGGAAGGCCGCGUCGGGAGCGUCUCUCUCCUCCUCGGAGCUCUCGGCCGUCAUCUCUGCACUCCAGAAACAGAAACAGGACGACAAUAUUGCGUCAUCAUCCCACAACGUGACGGAGAAUGUGAUGGAGACAGACACCCCUGAGGACAUCCAGCGCCAGCAGGCAGACCUCCAGGCCAAGAUCCUCAAUCUUCUCGGCUCCAGUGCAGUUGUCCCCUCCUCUUCCCCCACAUCUGCCUCUGCAGUCAGCAAGCCAGUAGGUGGGAGCUACGGAUCUCUCUCUGGGCGAGGGGCUGGCUCGGUUGGCUACCCACAGCAGUCAGGGUACACUGGGAAGGGCUAUGGAAGCUAUGGAGGAGGUGGAGGAGCCCAGUCUGAUGGGUACGGCAGAGGAGGUAGAGCUUAUGGCGGCUACGGUGGCUACCAGUAGUCAGAACUGGCCUUGGCCAACCCGCUUGGUCACUGUUGAAUGGAUAUUCUGACUACACCUGCGUUCGUUUCUGUACAAUGUAAACCUACCUCUCUCGCUGCUGCUGCUUUUUCGUCGGUAUGUUGCAGUGCGGACUCUAUCUCUAAUUCAGCGUUCCGAAAAGAAAUUUUGAUAUAAAAAUAAAGUUGGCCAGACACCGCGCACGCGUGGUGGAGACACAGCGAUGAACGUCCUGUGCAGCAGGCGAGGGCUUCUACUGGUCCUGAAGGCUAGCGUCACUAGAUCUGCUGGCUGUGUGCAUGGGUUCACUAGCAGAAAAACUGUCCAGAAGUGCAGAGGUGCUUCAUUCAGAGCGUUUUCCUCGACCCCGACUGUCAGUGGAGGUGUGUCAAAAGUACCCGGGGCCGGCGCUAAAGACAGUUGGAGCGACGAAACCCUGCAGCUUGACCCAGGUGGCGGGGUGUCUGAAGUAUCUCAGGGGGAUGUCCUUCAAGUCGUGUCGGACGCGGCUCACACCGGGCAAGACCUGGCCAGCCUGGGUCUUGGGGCUCUUUAUACACCAGUUGGCCUUGCUCAGAUACUGUUGGACUCCCUGCACGCUAGUACGGGCCUCCCGUGGUGGGGCACCGUGGCAAUAGCGACUGUAGUGAUGAGAAUACUUCUCUUCCCGCUGAGCGUAAAGUUUGCCAAGAACGCCACAAAGAUGGCAAAGAUUCAGCCAGAACUAGCCGAGAUCAUGAAGAAAGUGCAACACUAUACCAAAAUCGGAGCCACUGAGCUGGUUCAGAAGGAGCAGAUGAAGGUUGCAGAUCUGUACAAGGCACAUAACUGUUCCCCGCUGACCAUGAUGGCUCUACCGUUUAUGCAACUUCCCUUCUUCAUGUCUUUCUUCGUCGGUCUGCGAAAGAUGGCGUUGGCACCGGUCGAGGAGAUGAAGAGUGGUGGGAUGCUGUGGUUUGGUGACCUGACUAUCCCUGACCCCACCUACAGUCUGCCUGUCAUUGCCUGCGGACUCUUCGUGAUGAACAUACAGUUGGGAGGGGAGGUGGGAGAGACGAAUGCAAUGGAGAAGAAAGUGAGGAGGAUUCUCACAGCCGCCUCCGUCCUUUUCAUCCCCAUAACCAUCUCUUUCCCCACUGCUGUCUUCAUGUACUGGAUACCCAACACUAUGCUAGUCUCAGUGCAGAUGUUGCUCCUGAGGAGACCGUCUGUUAGAACUGCUCUCGGAAUUCCUCUUAUCGAGAGAAAUAGAGACAAACCUUCUUGAAUAUAUAGCUACCGUUUUGUUGUGUAAAGAUCUAUUAUUAUU